AUGGUGAGCAGACUUACCAAGGCGAUGGGAGCUCUGUCUCAGAACGAUGACGGUCAGUUUUGACGCACACUUCCCAACUCGAGCCGCCCGCUUUUGCAGACGAAUCUCCGCCGGCUCAGGAGCGUCGCAAGAGCGCCCGUCUCAACAAGCAAGAUCCGAAGGAGGCGUCGUCGGAUGAGAUGCUCGAGACGAUCCACGACUCGGGCACCGAAUCCGACGAAGAGGAGCUGCAGAAUAUCAACGGACGCGCAUACGGUAGGCACUGGGGAGACAGGGAAGAUGAAUGAUUUGUAGAGCAUUUGCAGUAGAGCUCUUGGAGCAAGGGAGCAAAAAAGUAAAAGGAAUUGAGGAAUCGGGAUUGGGUCAAUUAAGUACUGCAGAAUAGAGUUUUGCCAGAAAAAUCUCCGAUUUGACUAGCCGCUUUAAAGGCGCAGCGCUCAUUGGACCGCGCCAUCGAUCGUUGGCUGGAAUUGAAAUUUCGAAAUGCGAUCAACUCGUUCUGUUUGCAGAUCCGCUCAUCUGUCUCCGCGACUACGACGACUUUCUGCACUCGAAUCCGCCGCGCGUGUCGUCGAGCCCGGCGUGGAAGCGUGCGGCCGAUCGCGACGAGACCGAAAGGUUUGUUUUUGUGCAGUUCCUCGCCGGCCACACACACACACACAUCUCGGCAGCGCCGAAACCACAACGUCCGUCUGUCAGAGCGGAGGACCAAGAUUUAUGUUAUUAUCAACUAUUUUUACUGCUCCUCUCCGCUUCUGUUUUUCUUUCGAGCUCGUCGACCUCGCCGACCGACUUGUUGCUUUUCGAACAAAACAAAAAAAAACGAGAGAAGGAAGAAAAGUGGUCGGCCAAACACAAACAAAAUGCAGAUUUAUCGCGGCUCUGAAUCUUGAUGAAUCGUAUAGGAGAAAUGGGCGAAGCCAAAAAGUGAUGGAAGAAGAUGGAAAGGUGGAUUGGGACCACAUUUUGACACAUUCAACAGAUUUCUGUGGAAAGAGAGGGGAUAUUGAAAGAGAAACCCGAAAAAUUUGUAGUUUCUCCGAGAUGUACCUGGAAAAACCCCGAAUUAUCGACUUUUGCAGCGCGAUUGCAUAAUUCCUUCUCGGAAAACUGGAAAAGGCCGCAUUUUUCUUCAAAUUACUCAAGUUUUCAAUCGAUUUUCCGAAGAUGGGUUACGUAUCGUUGAUCCUCCAGUCAACAACCCCCGCUUCUCGACCUUUCCAUUCAUUUUCUACACAUAAUUGGCCUUCUCUUUUUCGUUUUCUCCGUGUCUGUACACUUCUCCCAUUUCGGUCACAAAAACAGACACUUGGCAUGAAAAUUACCACAAUCGUAUUAUUUAUAAGAUAUUUACGGGGGGGGUAUAGGAGAAAACGCGAAGCACAUCAAUUAUAAUGUUUUUCGCGAACAUGCGCAUUUUGAGUAGUGAUGGAAUUUGAAAGUGUAAUACAUCAGGAAAUCAAUUUAUGUCUAUUUUCUCCAAAAAUGGGAACGGCAACAAUUUUAGCGAUAGAGCGCCAUCACUUUUUCGGGAUUUUCGACAAGUCUGUCUGUACACAACACUACAAAAUUCCGAUAAAUUUGCAGCUGGGACAGUUUCGGCAAAGAAAGCGGCAUCAUGACGGGCGACAACGAUUCGGACAACGACGGUCUCGCCACGCCGACGCCGGCUCGUCGCCGCAUCCGCCAGGAGGACGACUCGUCGCCGGGUAAGCGUGGCCACGAGGACGACGCGAACCCGAUGGCGGAUCAUCCGAUCGCGUGGCGUCUCCGCUCAUUCAACAACGACCGCGCCGUCAAGGUGGCCGCCCGUCGGUGCCCCGUUCAAGUGCUCAUCAACGCGCCGCCCGUGCCCAUCGCCUACCGUUUCGAUCGCGCCGAACUGGAGGUCGCCGCUCCGGAGCUCAUGCCGCCGGCGCCGGCUCCGAAGAGAGGACGCCGCAACAGCCAUCGCCCGUCGUUGGAUUUCGAGAAAAUGGUGCAGGUGAGCAUUCGUUUCUUCUUCAAAGUUGAACGUUCCGAGCAAUUUUCACAAAACGCUCGCAUUCUAUGCCAGUUAUUUGCAAAAUGAAUCGGACUUUUAGCGGGUUUUCGUAGCCUAGAAUUUGUUAAAAAUGUAUAUUUGUUGCAGACUCGUAUCGAGGAGCACAAAGAGCAACAAUCGGCUCAAAAGGCGCCGUCGACUUCUUCGUCGGCGUCCACUUCUUCGGGUCCGGUCACCCGCUCGCAAAUCAAUCAAUAA